UUUUGUAAAGAAUAGCUAAGAUGAGAAGGCAAGUUCCGACACGUCCUCGUAGAGUAAAAGCAUUAUUUAAGUCUCGUAUAUUCGCUCAGAUCAGACCCCUCUACAAAGCAAUUCGUUCUUCAAUCAUCUGAUACAUCGAUAUAUUAUAAUCUUUAACGCCCUCUAGCAAGAUCUUAUUACAGUCAGUUCAAAAUGGCUGAGUUCGACUACAACUUGUUCCAACAAAUCUACUGCCUUUCCAUGGCCACCGGCGUCGUCUCGAACAAGGAAGACACGGAGACAAACCUCCAAGCUGCACUAAAGAAAACUCUUGACGAUAUCCUUCCACGUUUGACAGGCGCUUGGUCAAUUUCCUGGGGGCCAAGAGUCUUCAAAGAGAAGCCUGAUGAGUCGAAAGGCAGUCCGGACAAUGUCUGGUUUGCCGCCAUUGAUCACACCCAGAAGGUCUGUGCUGUUGCCAUUGCAGGUACAACUGCAAAAUCAAUUCCAGACCUGUGGCAAGAUUUCAAUGUUGGUGCAGUCGUGGACUUUGAGGACUGGGUUGAAUCAUGGUCUUCUCAAGGCAUUCCUAAACCCAAAGAGGAUCACUCGCAGAAAGAUCCUUCUCGAUCCUAUUGUGCAAAGGGAACCUGCGAUGGCACGUGGAAUGUGUUGAGCAAUCCUAGUACAGCAGUCAAUAGCGGUCUGCGUGUCGAUGAGUACUUGCAGCAGCUUAAUUCAGAUUACACUAUCGUCUUCACAGGUCACAGUCUGGGAGGAGCCCUUGCUCCGACUUCUGCAUUGGGAUUGGCUCAGUCUAAGAUUGGCUGCAGAAAUACGGUCAAGGUUUUGCCGUCCGCCGGAGUUUCUCCCGGAAACGACGUUUUCGCCAAGAAAUAUUCCGAAGUCUUCGCCAAGGACCCUCUAUCAAGCAAAGACUACAAGGUCUACAACACAGACUUCUAUAACAUUUACGACAUUGUGCCCCAGGCUUGGUCCACCAAUCCUGACCACGACAGAAAUCUCAAUAAUAUUCUAAAGAUUCUCCAAUGUAGCGAUGACUUUAAGCCUAAAGCAGAACAAUUGGUGUCUGUGGCUCAAUUUCUAGCCACAAAGUCACACGUGCCGUAUACUCCCCUCCCAGGACAGAGCUUCGUUGGUUGUCCACCGCCUAUAGACCCUAUCGAAAGCUGGGACCAAGUGGGAGAACAUUCCAGUCAGCAUCACGUUCUCGCUUAUUGGGAUGAGCUGGGAAUUGCUGAGUUCAUGCAUAUAUUUGAUGACAAAUUCUCGAAGCGGAUUGGGGCUCCAAGGGGUCCUGAUAAUUAAAGCCCCGGAGCCUGACCAACUACUCGACAGGAUAUACGCCCAGUUCAGUAGCCACUUUGUAGUGAUAAUUAACUUAGUGAGUAUGUUCGGAUGGGAUCAUCAAGAAAGGGGGGGUCACUCUUUAUUAUAAUAGUCUAGUAAAGGCUACAUGUCGCUCUUUAACUAGGUAGUCGCCAAAUUUAGAUACACACACCUUAACCUUCGCCUAAAAUGUGAGGCGCAUCUCUCGUUUCCAGGAUUUCUUGUUUAUUAGACCUGUAUACCUUCACUAAAACUAUAUGCAAUUUCCCGUCCUGUGGUUACGUUAAACAAAUUCUCUUUUCAG